AUGGACAACUUUGGUGAGUCCACGGCGGGAGGCGGCAUAACAGACAUUGCCCUGGGAGUUGCGAACGACCACGCUCGCGAGAGCGGGCUGCGCGCGUUGCACGAGACGAGUGAUUGGGGCCAUGGCGGGAGUAACAGUCAUCCAGGGUCCUAUCCGGCGGACGAGUCGCCGUACCCAUUCCACCCGGCCCACGACCGAGGCCACCUGCACCCUGCCGACUCGUACGGUUCGCAGGCCCCGCUCGCCGGCGGCGCCGCCAUCGCCUCCGGCGCCAACUACUCGGACAGAAGCCUCCCGAUGGAUCAAUACCCCCCGCAGCACAGCCCGGAGUACUCGCGGCCCGUCACCGCUUUCGGCGCCAUCGAUCCCAACGAAAUCGAGGACGACGGUGACGACGGCUUCCCCGCCGAAUCGGACCAGAAGCGUAAGACCCUGUUGGGCGGUUUCGGUAAGAGCUCUAAGAGUGCCAGUCGUGAUGCCCUCGCUGUUGGAGGUGCUGGUGCUGCUGCGGGUGCGGGUGUGGGUGCAGGUGCAGGUGCCGCUGCGGCAUCUGGUGCCUUUUCUAACUUCAACAGUGGUGAUGGCAGCGGCAACUACGGCCCCGUGCCAGGCGGUAACAGUACCGAGUACAACCACGGCAUCGAGAACGAGAAGAGCGAAUGGUUAGCCCAAGAAAAGAGCGGCAACAAGAAGCUCAAGUGGAUCGUAGGUACGAUUCUGGCCGUCCUGGUCGUGGCUGCAAUUGUCGGUGGUGUCAUCGGCGGCAUUCUUGGAUCCAGAAACAAGGAUUCGUCGUCGUCCAGUUCAUCGCCAAAGGACGAUGACGACGAUUCAAAUGACCUUAACAAGGAUUCGGCCUCGAUCAAGGCGCUGAUGAACGACUCGAACCUGCACCGCGUCUUCCCAGGAAUGGACUACACACCCUGGGGCGCGCAAUACCCUGACUGCCACAAGUGGCCGCCCUCGCAGAACAACAUCACCAAAGACAUCGCGAUCCUGAGCCAGCUGACGCCGGCGGUCCGGCUGUACGGCACGGACUGCAACCAGACGGAAAUGGUGCUGCACGCGAUCGACCGGCUGGAGAUCACCGACGUCAAGGUAUGGCUGGGCGUGUGGCUCGGCAGCAACGACACGACGAACACGCGGCAGAUUUCGCAGCUAUGGGACAUACUGGACAAGCACGGUGACGACCCGUUCGCGGGCGUCAUCGUCGGCAACGAGGUGCUGUACCGCAAGGACCUGAAAGCCGCCGAGCUGUCCAAGAUCCUGGGCAACGUGAAGAGCAACCUGACAGACAAGAACCUGGACCUGCCGCUCGCGACGAGCGACCUCGGCGACAACUGGACGGCGGACCUGGCGCGCGAGGUCGACAUCAUCAUGGCGAACAUCCAUCCGUUCUUCGCGGGCGUGCGCGCCGAGCAGGCCGCGUCGUGGACGUGGACAUUUUGGCAGGGAAAUGAUGUCCCGGUCACGCAGGGCAUGACGGGCAAGCGCCACGUCAUCUCUGAGACGGGAUGGCCGUCUGGCGGCGGCAAUGACUGCGGCACCGGCUCUGAUACUGACGAGUGCAAGAGUGGUGAGGGCAGUGUGGCGGGCAUUACGGAGAUGAACACAUUUAUGGAGGAUUGGGUGUGCGAGGCGCUGAGUAACGGGACGGAGUAUUUCUGGUUCGAGACCUUCGACGAACCCUGGAAAGUCGUGUAUAACACGGACUCGCAGAAGUGGGAGGACAAGUGGGGCCUAAUGGACCAGGCGCGCCGGCUCAAAAAGGGCGUCAAGAUUCCAGACUGUGGGGGCGCGACGGCGACGCUGGCGACCGGGAGUAGGACGACGGCUACUGCUGCUGCUGCUAGGUGA